GUUACAGACUCUACUAGCCUUUACGAUACGAUACUGAGACAAUAUUCAAUGUCAUUGAGGGCUAACAUGGAUUGGUCAUCCCAUCUUGCCUUUCAUGCGGUUUAUGUAUACAACACUACUUUCUGUAGAGCCAAUGAACAGAAUGUGCAAAUAGGUAAAUCCUUCAAAUUUAUCAAGAAUGUUUAGUCAGGGGACUUCCAGUUACCUACCAAUGGAUAGAUGGUUAGAGGGUCAGACUAGAAUGUGUAAGUGCUCCGUUUAACAUGUGAUAAGGUUACAUGCGUAAGUGUUAUGUUUAACUAUGAGAUAUGAUCGCAGGUGUAAGUGCAUUUUGCAUGAGAUAAUGUUUAAGAUGUUAGUAGUAAGUUUUACUUGGGGUUUGCUGUCCACGCACAGGUAAAAAAAAAUAAUUGUACUAAAUAUAUUCCGCCAAACAUUGGCGACCGCAAAGUGUGAGCUCUUCAUCUACUAAAUUUAAUUUAAAAAACAUGGACUAAGUGACGCAGAUUAAAGAAUCCCGAUUUUAGCUAUACCUCUUUCCUCCAUGAUACAUCACUGUACACUUUUUUUUAACGCCCAAGAACUAUAUUUAGUACUCUGAUGUCCCAAUCACAUUUAAACCGAUUUUGAUUUACACCAUACUUAAAUUGAGACGAUUUCACUUUCCGAAAAACAAAUUACGCACCAAAUGCAGUUGUUAUUAAAAAAAUUUUUUUAGCGUUGUUAUCGGGUAUUAUAAUUUGCGAGCUGUUGGACUAAUUAUUGAACCAUACUUUAUUUAAAAAAUAUAGAAUUAUUUGCAAUAUACUCUACAUACCAAUUACGCUGAAUAGGAAGCAGUCCACGAGUCACAUCAGAAGCAUAAUAUAAAUAAGAGAUGUUUCCCAAAUUAACAGCUUUUAUGCUGUGUAUGGACUGGCAGAGCUGCUUGAUUUCUAUUGAACAGAAGAAACCUGCAGCCCAGGACCAGGAUGGUUGAGCGUUGGUGAUGAAAUUCGUGUAUGGCUUAAGUCGUAUAAUGAGUUCUAUCCCACCUGCUAUGAAUUGUUUUUACUAACACUUACCCAAUCUGCGGUGCUAUCUAUAAAGAUAUUUCCUCCCUUGAUUUGACUUACGUAGGACUCAUGCAGUAGUGUAGCUAGCUGACGCCUUAUGUACCCAGUAGAGAGCUCCGCUCAUCCGAUAGUGGCAAACUCUCGACACCACGUGUUUGCCUUGAGACUUACGGAAAGCGCACUUUCGCAUUUGCUUGUCCAACAAUUUGGAACGCCCUUCCUGUCGAUAUUAGAAACAACCAGACACUGGAGUCCUUUAAAACAGAUCUAAAGACACAUCUAUUUCGCAAAUACCUUCUGGGAUGAUUGUCUACCUUAUUUUCCAUGUGUUGCUGUGUUGCUCCGGGUUGAAAUGGCUAGAAAGACUUUGAUAUUGUAUGCUUGUAAUUAGUUUUUGUAGUGUUGUGUUUGUUUUAAAUGUGGUGAAUUAUAGAUAUGUUUUUUGUUGACUUUGUACCGCGCUUCGAGCCUUUGGGGAUGAAGCGUGUUUUUUAAAUGAACUUUAUUAUUAUUAUUAUUAUAUACUGGCCGAAUGUUCAUUGGUGCCUCCCCCCUCCCUCACGUCGCAUGCUUCAACCAUUCACUGUUUGAUAAAGGUUUAAAAUGAAAUUGGUUUAAUUAUGAAUGUACUAAAAAUUAUGACGUUGUGCCCGUUGGGUUACUUGUUAAUUAAUAAUUGAUCCCUAAUUUAGUGUUAGACAAAUAAUGAAACAGCGCUGUGAAAAUGAUUUUUUUUUAAUCGAACUAACAACACGGUUUUCUUGAAUAAUAUCAUUAACAGUCGACACGUAAACAGGAACCUAAGUUGAGAUUGCAGUUAAUUUUUUUUUUUUCAUAUCACAGAAAUUCAGAGGACAUAUGGUCAAGUGCUGAUAUGUUAAAUUUAAACUUCAGUGAAUAGCUUCUUAUUAAACAAACUCAUCUUAAUGAUGAAUGAGUUUGAAACUCGAUUUUGAAAAUUUCCUUACGUCAUUUGAACUGUAAAAAGCUCAAAAUCCACUUAAUUAUUGAAGAAUUACCCGACUUUGUCUGAUCCUGGUAUGGCAGUCUGUUGUUGUUGUUGCUUGUCCGUCCGGAGUCACCCAUGACCACUUUGAUCAUCACAUUUGUGCUAGUUGUGUCUGUGGGUGCGCAGAUGGCUAAUGAGGCAAAUUCUGGCUCGAAAUUUUCUUGUGCAAUAGGUGCAGGGGGAUGAUGGCGCAUCUCUGGGAGCAGAGUCAGACCGGGCCUUCCUGGCAGGUCUCUUGCGGUCUGCAGCCACUGUUCUUCCAACUUUAUGGUGCAUAGAUCUCCUGUGUAAAGUAAAACGCCAUGAUGUUCGAUCCUUGGCUAUUUCCUCCCACGUGUCUGGGUUUAUGUCGAAGGCUUUCAGUGAGGAUUUCAGGUUGCCCUUAAAACGUUUCUCCUGCCCACCACCAGACAGCUUUCGUUGGUCGAGCUCACCACAGAAAAUUAUUGGACAGACAGUCGUUUGACUUUUUCACAACAUGUCCCGCCUAGAAAUGGUGAACCCCUAAAUUCAAUGAUAAACUAAAACUCGUAUUUAAAAAAGGGAGUAUCAUGCUUUGGUUAAAUUUAAAAUAAUAAAACAACUGUUCUCAAUGUUAGAUUUUACGUAUUUGUGUUAGUCAGCGAGUUUUUAGUUAAGUGUUUCAAAGGUUAGAGAUUGUUUCUCACUUAUAUGCUAAUCUUGAGGCUGAUCUACAACGUGCUGUACAAGAGGGAGUCAGGUCCGUUCUUAGGCAUACGCUGCCUACGCAUCCGCGUAGGGCCCCGAACAUGAGGGGGCCCCCGUGAGGCGCCCUCGAUCCCCCGGUUUUUUUUUAAACUGGCACUGUAGCCGUCUGUGUCACUCACGUUACCUUCCUCAUCCUGAAAUUUAUCAUUCUGAGUUGAAUUCGGAGGCAGGGGAAGGGAAGCAUCAGGUGGGAGCUUUGGGGGUAGCAGAUAGGAAAUCGGGUGCUUGGCCGUGGGAAUGGGAAAGAGGAAACAUUGAUGAAGGCAGAAUGGAGGUGCCGCAGUGGUGGGUGGUGUUUUCUCCUCAGCUCGAGGGAGCUUCACCCCCGGACCCCACCUUCCGGGGCCACCAACCUACGCUCAAUGCUUAGGGCCCCAAAAGUCAUAAGAACGGCUCUGAGGGAGUUUUAAAAUACAGUUGGCGCAACUUUUGAAACAGAAAAUUUGCAAGGCUUAUAAUUACAUGCGCUUUUAAAAAAAAAUAACAUUGUUUUUCGGUAGAUUUCCGUUAAAUACGAUUAAGCAAUCCCUAUGAUGAAUAAUUGUGUAAAGUUAGGUUUAAUUUAGUGAUUAACUAAAACAAUACGUUGUUGUCCAACUUUGAUCUAGUAAAUGCUUUUAGUAGGAGUGAUAUAACCAACCGAAAUGUAUUAAAUACAAAUUAUGUAAGGAGGGACAAAUAUUUAUUUUUUAAUUAGCCUUUUAUAUUAUGACCAUGGAAAAACCAAUAUAAUAUUUCAUGCUAAAAUGUCUUACUUUAAAUUUAUGGUAGUCAUAAGUGAAUAAUGCGUCCUUGUAAUGGUAGCGGACUUGUAACAAUUAAAUAUAUAAUACUAUACAAAUCAACAGGUACAAAACAUAAAUCAAAUUUAAAAAAUGUAUCCUCUUUAAUCAAAAACAAUUUUGAAUAGUUUAUUUGAGAAUAUAUAAAAGAAAUAAUUUCUUACUUAUACAAAUAUUUCAGCAAUCCCAAAGGCCAUUAUAUCUCCCGAAUGUCCAAGUGGUCCAGGUGUUAAGAAUGGACACAUCAGACGUGGUACAACAGCCACGUGUAACUGUCAGAUAGUCCGCCAGUCACGUCCAGCUGGGUAUGUCCAGUGGUUUACAGAAGAUGGUCAGUCUGUUGCACCCCCUGGUGAAAUUAGUGAUCUUGUACUAUCCUCAAACACUACAGGUAUUUUUUGCUAAAAAAUAUAACUUAUGUUUAAUUAUAUAUUAUGUGCAAAGCAAUGUAGGAAAGUAAUGUGGUCACGACAGUCCUCUUACUGUCCCACUGGAUGAAUCAUUUAAGCUAAGUUUUUUUUUUUCAUAUGUGUAUUAGUCGUUGUUUAUACACAGGAGAAGGCUAAUACAGGACACGUUGUUUUUUAUUUUUUUAUUUUUAGACUUUGUUUCAGAUUUUGCCAUGCUUUGCAUCACAUAUUUCCUUCCAUUUAAAACAGUGGUUCUUAACCUUUCUACUGCCGCGACCCUCUAAUACAGUUCCUAAUUUUGUGGCGACCCCCAACCACAAAAUUAUUUUCGUUGAUACUAUAUAACUGUAGAGUUUAUGUAUUUUUAGAUGGUCUAAGGCGACCUCUUUGUAAGGAUCGUGCGACCCCCAAAGGGGUCGCGACUCACAGGCUGAGAACAACUGAUUUUAAAACUUCUUGCAGUCUCUUCCCCCCCCCCUCCCACCUUCCAAUUAAAACAUGCAAAUAUCAUUAAAUUAUGUCGCACAUUGUAUAAGGAUUGUUAACCAUUGUUUCAGAUUUCACAACAUGUCUACUUUAUUUUUAUGAAAUUCCCCUGCAAAUUUAAUGAUAAAAAGAAUGUUACAUAGUGAUAAAUAAUAUGUACUUAAUGAUAAAAGAUUAACAGAAUUUACAAUGUUUAAAAUUAUUAAUAACAUUUUCACUGUUAAAAAAAAAUGCAAAUAUGUGAGUGUUCUACAACUGAACUUCUGCGUUUAGGAUCAAACACGUCAUAUAAUUGCUACGGAAUCUCAGAAAAUGGACAAGUAUCCGGUGGGACGAUUGUAGCAAAAUUUUAUGGCAAGUCUUUUAAAUAUAAGCUGUUAUAA